GAACAGGAAGUUGGGCCGUUUACAAUUUUACAUACAACUUCUGACGAACGCGCGACGGUGCACUGUGCGGUAAAGAUCCGACUUGUAUACACGUUCCACAAACACAACUUAGGCUCGUUCUAAAGCAUUAUAGGUCGUUGACGAUGAGUAACGUGGUGCAGUACGUGCUGGUGCGCGGUGACCUGACCAGGACCCUGAAAUGGCCAUCCGGCGCUGUCAUGGCCCAAGCGUGUCACGCUUGCGUCGCUGUGGUGCACACUUAUUACUCGGAUCCGGACACGCAGGCGUAUCUAAAGGACCUCGGGAACAUGCACAAAGUCAUCUUGGAAGUACCCGACGAGACCGCACUGCUGAGCACGGCCGCCGCGCUCGAGACGGACGGCGUGCAGCACGUCGUGUGGAAGGAACAGCCCGAAAACGUGGCCACGUGCGUGGCGCUGAAGCCCUGCGCCAAGGGCACGGUGAGCAAGUACGUGAGGAAGUUCAAGUUGUACGGCGCGUGACGUCGGCGAUAAAUAAUAAUACAUGACCCCACGUGGCGUACACGCCGAACGCGGGUAAGUGUAUUAUCGGCGUGAGGGGUGCGCGGGUGCGGGGUGUCCGCCCGUGGGGAUCAACGGCCACCGCCAAUUGACAUCAAUCAUUUAAUUGGCCGCUCCGUGGAAUUCAAUAUAAUAAUGAUAAUAAUAAUACAUAUGUAAUAAAUAAACGACAAUGGUCACCUCAAACACGUUCACAA